UCUGAAGUUGCCGAAUAAACUGUUAGUCUAUAAAGUUGUUUGGAAAUUUGAAAUAUUUGUUAUUAAUUAAAUUAUUAAUAAAAUGGUUGAAGUUUACAUAGUUGCUGCUCGUAGAACACCAAUUGGAAAUUUAAAUGGAAAACUUUCUCAAUUACCUGCACACAAAUUGGGUUCAUUAGUGAUAAGGGCUUGCUUAAUCGAUGGUAAUGUUGGAUUUGACGAAGUCAAUGAAGUUAUUAUGGGACAGGUUCUUACAGCAGGACAGGGACAAAAUACUGCCAGACAGGCUGCUAUAGAAGCUGGCCUAUCAAUAUUUGUGCCUGCUUAUGUAGUCAAUAUGUUAUGUGGCAGUGGAUUAAAGGCAAUAUGUCUAGCAUAUCAGGCAAUUUCCAAUAAGGAUGCAAGUAUCAUAAUAGCUGGGGGGCAAGAAAGUAUGUCAAUGGCUCAUCAUACUGCUUAUAUGAGAAAUGGUGUGAAAUUUGGUGACUUACAUUUGAAGGAUUCUGUUCUUGUUGAUGGUCUUAUGGAUGCCUUUAAACAUGUUCACAUGGGUAGUACAGCUGAAUAUUUGGCAAGAAGUUACAAAGUCUCUCGUGAACUUCAAGAUAAAUUUGCAGCAUUGUCUCAAAAUAAAGCAGAAUGUGCAAUGAAUGCUGGAUACUUCAAUGAUGAAAUGCUCCAUGUUUCUCAUCCAGAUAAUCCAGCUAAAGAAGUUAAAGUUGACGAAUACAUAAGGCAUGGAACAACCUUUGAAAAACUUGCCAAAUUAAGACCAGUGUUUGAGAGUGAUCUCAGUAAGAACCCAUCAGUAACAGCAGGCAAUUCUUCUGGUAUCAAUGAUGGGGCAGCUGCAGUACUGUUGGUAGAUGGGGAAACACUCAAAGCCAAGAAUUUGGAGCCCAUUGCAAAAAUUGUAGGAUUUGCUCAAUGUGGUAUUGAGCCAAUGGAAAUGGGACUGGGGCCAAUAGACGCUGUUAAAAAACUGGUGAAAAAGAUCAAUUGGACUCUUGAAGAUGUUGAUCUCUUUGAAUUUAAUGAAGCAUUUGCAGUUCAGUCGUUGCUUGUAAUAGAAAAACUGGGGGUUGAUGUAGAGAAAGUAAAUAUUAAUGGUGGUGCAAUUGCAUUAGGGCAUCCCAUAGGCUGUUCAGGUGCCAGAAUAUUGGUCACUCUCUUGCACAAUUUAAAAAGAUUGGAUAAAUCUAAAGGCAUUGCUGCAUUGUGUAUUGGUGGCGGAAUGGGCAUUGCUAUAGCUGUUGAAAGGCAAGUUCUUAUUUAAGUAGUUCAGUAUUCUGUCUUUAGUAUUAUUUUUUUUUUUUUUUGUGGUUA